AUGACUAGCGAAAGCAAGGAGGAGGCACAAGGCGCAUGCUCCAUAUUUAUCGAAGCGCAACCCUGUGCUCGCUCACAUCAGGAACGUGAGCGGGGCAACCCUGUGCUCGCUCACAUCAGGAACCGGGGCAACCCUGUGCUCACCCACAUCAGGAACCGGGGCAACCCUGUGCUCACCCACAUCAGGAACGUGCGGUGGGCGUUUGGGGAGAUCACGCCAGACUAUCUCCUCUCCCCCUCCUCCUGCGCGCUCUUCCUCUCUCUCCGAUACCACCUGCUGCACCCAGACUACCUCUACUUUCGAAUUAGGGAGCUGCAGAAGAGCUUCCGCCUGCGAAUCGUGCUGUGCCACGUGGACGUUGAUGACGUCACCAAGCCCCUGCAUGACAUCACCAAGACGGCUCUUCUGAAUGAUUGCACACUCCUGUGCGCCUGGAGUCCCAACGAGUGUGCGCGGUACCUGGAGACUCUCAAGAGCUACGAGAACAAGCCGGCAAACGGCAUUCAAGAGCGAGUCGACAGCGAUUAUAUUUCCCGACUCACCAGCGCCCUCACGUCCAUCCGCCAUGUCAACAAAACCGAUGCUCUCACUCUGGGGACUAACUUUGGGACUCUGGCCAACAUCAUGGGGGCAUCGAUGGAUGAGCUCUCGCGGUGCCCAGGGAUAGGAGAGAAGAAGGUGGGUGGGUGA